AUGGCAACUUUUUGCGUGACAACUGCCAAUGCAAGUGUGCUUCGGCGUCAAGGUGUGGAACCCACUCUGUUGCGUCCUGGGCCAGGCAGCUACCGCAUUGGAGGAAGCACCAGCAGCAGCAGCAACAACCGGCACCUCAGCAGUCGCAACAGUUGCGGCAGUGGUUCGUUGGAAUAUUUGGCCAGCGUGCUGGUUGCUGCUUCAACCCGGCAUAGGAGCCGGCUGAUCCGCAGCGCUGGAAAGGACCAGGUCCGCACCAAAGAGACCGAAGGGGAGGCUCUGGACUAUGUCCCGUCUCGGGAUGAAUUAGAAAGCCAGCAGAUUGAACUGCUGGAGGCAACUGGUGCACUGAAACUACAGCGAAAAGAGGAAGCAUUCCAAGAACGACGAAAAUGGAGAGCGCAAAAUCCUUCCCCGCUGGACAAAUGGCAGCAGGAGAUGGAUGCAGUGCGAAACGAUACGGAGAGGCGGAUGCUAUGGGGGGAUCUGAAGAAAAAGUCGGGCGGCCACCGGCGCUACCGGGGCAAGAAGGUUGGCGAGGAAGAGGGCAAGAUCAAGUUCAAUCGCGGGUUUCCUUUGGAGGAUACAGAGGACCAAGAAAGAGCUGACCAGGAGAGGGAUAGGAAGUGGCUCGAGAUGUGGCGUUCGACGUGGCCUGAGGGACAUGCUUUGGAUCCCCACGACCCGGAGUCUUUUGGCUUUGCCUUCGUGGGCGAGGUGACUGGUGCCCAUGGCGUCCACGGGGACGUACGAGUCAGGGCAGAUGACUUCCUGUGUGAUCAAGGCUACGAUCCUGCAGCGCAUUUGGCCCGCCGGAACUUCUCCAAUUUCACUGAAGAUUCAAAACGGGUGCACCUGAAGCCGCCUCAUCGCCGUUUCCCGCGGCCAUUCAGGAUCCUGACUGGGAAGCGGGUCCAGCGGCGGGUUUUUGCGCUGCGCUUGCAUGGCGUGGAGUCGCCGGAGGAGGUGGAAGCGGAGAACCGAGGCACAGAUGGACACGCUUGGACCUCUAUGACGCUGGAACAACCACUUUUCACACCAGCCGGUGAUGCAUUGGGCUUGAUCGGCUCUCGCUGCGUGGCAGUGAUGGGUCAGGUCACAGCUGAAGUGCUCGGCGAAUUCGCAGCUGCAGACACACCGGAAAAGGCCCAUGAGGGCUCCUUCCAGGAGACUGUUGUCGUGUUCAAGCCGCUUCGAAUUGAUCAGGUCCCCGACUACAAGAUUGCACGUCGGCACCGUGGGCGCAAGGCGGCACACGACCUCUUGGACAUCAGCCUGCUGGGUGAUGAGGUGGAGAGCCGGUCAGGCCAGAACUCCAAAUUUCUCUACGAGCCAGAUCCAGUCCGCAACUCUGCGACUGUGCGCAUCGCCGACAGGCAAGCUGAGAGCUCAGUAGCUGCUGCGGACGAGGUGCUCUACGUGCCCUUCGUUCCGGAGAUGAUUGCUCGAGUAGAAGCAGACAAAACAGAGCCGGCGCAAUGA